AUGAAAUAUUACCGCGCUUAUACCACCUUUGUGGUUACCUACUGUCUAAGCGCUUUCGUUGUGUUGGCGUUUCCUCCCAUGCAUCGCAGCCACUGUAGGAGCACUCAUAUAACCAUCUUGGCUGGCAUUCGGACCACUAGGAAUGGCCAGAGUGGGAGGCUGCUCCCUCAACGUCGUGACAUUGGUGACCAUCAGGUGURGCAUCAGAUUGAGGAUGGUCAGGUGCUUGACUUUUUCGAUAUUUCUGCUUUGAAACGUGGCGUUGAGCACGCUGUCUGGGACAACAAAGGCAACGUGUACACUGCAACCAAGCAUGCGAUUACGGACGACAACGUUUUGACAGUUCAUCUGGGUGGCCAUUUAGCCUCAGAACAAGGUCACCGAGUUGUGAAGCGCGCAGAAAAGCUAGCGAGUCGAGCUGAUGCCAGUGUUGAUAGUAUUUCAGCGUCCUGGAGCUACACAGGCUCUGCCUUUGAUAGUUAUGGACAAAGUGACGCGGACAAGGAUGGUCAACGAUUUUAUUAUGACAUGUUCGUCGGCGAGAACCGUGACCAGAUCACAGGUCCAUUCGACUGCACUACCCUUAGAGCACCUAAUGGGGACAAUGAGAAGAUCAACAUAUCUCUUACACCGCAAGAAAAAGGCCUCACCACGGAGAUCGAGCCAGCUUGCGGUGCCUGA